UCUCUCUCUCUCUCUCUCUUCUCUGGCGGAACAACUCCCUUACUCUGGCAAGAGGGCGCCAGCGGCCAUUUUCAGACCAGUUGUUUUAUCUUCUAUUGCGAAAGUAGAGAGCCAAAUCCUCCUGAUUUCGAACGGCAAACCAUUCCUGAGGAUCUCCUGAUUGUAGAUCUGUCUUCCAUUUCAAUCUACAUCUGCUGAGCUUACUCCAUGUGAAGCUUUGCACCACCAACGCCGUCAUUAUCACCUCUGAGGAGAAAGCAAAUGAACAAGCGACAACCCCAGAGCAGAUCAACACCAAACUUUCAACAUUAUUUAGCAUCUGCUUCUGCUGCUUCUGCUGUAUCUGUUUCUGCUUCUUCUGCUUCUGCUUCUUCUUCUCCUCCUUCUCCCUCCUUAUCUUCCAAUGUCAAGUCUUUAAUAAUGUCUUCCAAAAUUGGCCGUAAAACCAUUCUCAAACCUGCAGUGGCUGCAAUCCUUCUUUUCCUUGCUUGUUACGCCUCAUUUAAUGCAUUCUUCUAUCCAAAUCUUAUAAAUGUGAACUCCAACUUUUCGUUGUACACUAAAAAUAAGAUUCCUGGCUUACAUGAUAUUCAGUCACCCCCAGUCAAAGUCUAUAUGUACAAUCUACCAAGACAGUUCACAUAUGGGGUCAUUGAAAGCUACGCAUCCGUUCGCAAUGUGUCAUUAAACAAGUAUCCAGGAAAUCAACACCCAGCAGAGUGGUACCUUUUUGCAGAUUUGAACCGAACAGACCGUUCUGCUUCUCUGAUAGAGAGGGUCUUUGAUCCAGAUAAGGCUGAUUUAUUUUAUGUUCCAUUCUUCUCAUCAUUAAGCUUGGUUGUGAACCCUCUUCGGCCUGGGGUGAACCCUCUUCUGCCUGGGGGCUCUGCAUCAGGGACCACAAUGUACAGUGAUGAGGAGGCACAAGAGGGGCUUAUCAAGUGGUUGGAAGAGCAGUUCUACUGGAAGAGGAAUAAUGGAUGGGACCAUAUAUUUAUAUGCCAGGACCCUAAUGCCUUGUAUAAGGUUGUGGACAGAGUGAAAAACGGAUUGCUUCUUGUUUCAGAUUUCGGGAGAUUGGCCAAUCAUCAGGCUUCGUUAGUGAAAGAUGUAAUAUUGCCUUACUCCCAUCGUAUCAGAACCUUUAAUGGAGAUGUCGGUGUUGAGUCUAGGAAGUCUCUACUCUUCUUUAUGGGGAAUCGCUAUCGGAAGGAGGGUGGGAUAGUCCGUGAUUUGCUUUUUCAAGUUCUUCAGAAAGAAGAAGAUGUGAUAAUAAAGCAUGGUACACAAUCGAGGGAAAGUCGACGCAUGGCUUCACAGGGGAUGCAUACAUCUAAGUUUUGUUUACAUCCAGCUGGAGAUACUCCAUCAGCCUGUCGACUUUUUGAUGCAAUUGUGAGUUUGUGUAUUCCAGUUAUUGUUAGUGACUACAUCGAGUUACCCUUCGAAGAUGUCAUAGAUUACUGGAAAAUUGCUAUAUUUGUGGAUUCAAAUACAGCUGUGAAGCCACGUUACUUGGUUAAGUUGCUUAGAGAAGUGAGCAUAGAAAGAAUAUUGGAGUAUCAACAGGAGAUCAAAAAGGUGAAACACUACUUUGAAUAUGAGGAUCCAAACGGAGCAGUAAAGGAGAUAUGGCGACAGGUUUCUCAAAAGCUCCCUCUAAUCAAACUAAUGAUAAAUCGUGAUAAACGCAAAGUGGAGAGGGAAUUGCCUGGACUUGAUUGCGCUUGUCUUUGUUCUAACCGGACAACAAGAUUGGAGACUAUACCAUUACCAGGAGGGGGUAAGAUCAUGAAUUAAAAUAUAUAUAUAUAUAUAUUAUGAGAAGAAGAGAGGUGGAGAUUUAUUACAAUCAUCCUACCCCUCCCGAAUUCAUUGCCUGAACCGGCUUCUGAAACGACACAACCAGCACUGCUCUCGAAAAGUUAAUCAAGUAGGUAACGUCUCUCCUUUUUUAUGGUUUAAUAAGGCGUUCUUCCAAUACUUGAAUAUUAGAUGCAUAUUAUUUCAGAUAAUGCUUUUCUGGUGAAAUAAGCUUGUCUGCAGGCAUUUUAGCUUGAGUGUUCAUAUAGCUUAUUUUCUCUUGUUUAUUAGUGUGAAGGAACAGAGAACAAUUACUCAUAUAAACCCUAAACAACACCAUUACAUCUUUCUUUCUUUCUUUUUUUUUUCUCUUAAAAGAUGAGUGUUUUUGUUCACUUGGAAACAUUUGAUGUUACUCAGACACAUAGAUUCAAAAGAUAUUUUGUUGGUUUCUC